UCUCCUCCCCCCUUCUUUUUCUCUCUUCUUCUGAUAUCCCCAGGUGCAAUACCCAUCCGCCCCCGUCCCUCCCACAGCCUCUCCAUCUCGCUGUGACCGCAAGCAAGCAAGUAAGGAAGGAGCGAGCGAGCGAGAGAGAGAGAGAGAAGACGUACCACAAAUGAGCAUGCUUAGCUCCCACUCGGCGGCGGCGGCGCCCGCAGCCGUUGCGCCCACACCGACGCCCGCAGCCGCGGCGUCGGCACCCGAUGCGUCCGUCGCCGCUGCGCCCGUGCUGGAGAAGAUUGCGAGCGUGACGCAGACGGCGCCUUCUUCGUCGGCGGGCGACAAGGCGCCGUUGGUCAAGUCCAAGGACGCCAAGGCCAAGGAACUGGACGCCAAGGCCAAGAAGGACAAGGAGGAGAAAUCGAGCGGCGGCGGUCUGCUGAGGAUGUUUAGCAGCCGGCGAAAGAGUCAGGUGCCGCCAAAGGACAAGGACAAGGACAAGGACAAGAAGCGGGCCAGCGUCGUCGAGGGCAAAAAGGACACCAAGAAGGCGACGACGCCGGCCAUCGUCGAGGAGAAGGGCACCGAGGCCGACAAGGGGAAAAAGGAGGCAGAAACAGCGGCGGCGGCGGGACCGGUUGCUGCGCCCGCCCUCGAGCUCGAGCCGACGGGCGACUCGUUUGCCGCGAGCAUGGCGCCUGCUUCGGCGCCUGCUGUUGCUCCUGCUGCUGCCCCUGCUGCUGCCCCUGUGGUGGCCCCUUCCGCUGCUGAGGUGACUGUGCCCGCUCCCGCUGCAGCGCCGACAUCCACCGAGGCUGCCGUGGCUGCCCCUGCGCCUGCCGCUGUGCCUGCCGCUGCUGACCCGGCGAGUGAGGCGGCUGCUCCUGCGUCUACCCUGGCCACCGCAGCCGCGCCCACACACAGCGCCGUCAAUGGCGCCCAUACGACGAUCACGACGAUCCAGACGACCGUCGAGGCGCAGCCGGCCGCUUCUUCCGCUCCUCCUUCUUCUGUCCAAGCCGCACCUGCUGCAGGCAGCACGGACAAGGACAAGAACCUCUUUGUGGCCGGUGGGCUGGGCGCCACUGCUGCGGGCGCCGCUGCGGCCAGCGCCGUCAAGGCUGAGCAGGACAAGGAGCAGAAGCCAAAGGUGCAACCGGCUUCCACUUCUGCUCACGCUCCCGCUGCUGCUCCCGCUCCCGCUGCUGCUCCCGCUCCCGCUGCUGCUGCUGCUACUGCUGCUCCCACGACAAGUGCGGUGCCCGUUGGUGUCGGCGCCGUCGCUGUGCCGCUGACCAAGGAGCAGGAGCAGCAAAAGAAGCGCGAAGAGGCGCGUCUGGCCAUGCUCGAGACGGAGCGCAUCGCCGCCGAGCACCGGGCAAAGUACCCGACGAAGAAGGACAAGAAGCGCGAGGAAAAGGAAAAGAAGGAGCGCGAAAAGCAGGCGGCCAAGGAGGCAAAGGAGCGCGAGAAGCGCGAAAAGAAGGAGGCCGAGGUGCGAAAAAAGCUAGAGGCCGAGCAGGCCAAGCGCGACGCGCUCCUCGCUGCCAAGCGCCAGGAGGACGACAAGAAGAAGGCCGCCGAGGCGGCGAAACGCGCCGAGGCGCAGCGUAAAAAGGACGAGGCCGAGCAGAAGAAGCGCGAUGCAAGCGACCGUAAAAAGGGCGCCGCCAUCCUGGCCAAAAAGGAGGCCAGCGAAGAAAAGGAGGCCAAGCUGCUCAAGGAAAAGGAAGCCGAGGAGCACAAGCGCGAGGCAAAGAACCAGGCCGUGCGCGAGGCCACGCUGAAGAAGGAGGAAAAGGAAGGGGACAAGGCCGCCGAGGAGGAGCAUAAAAAGGUCGAGUUGGCCCGGCUCGAAAAGGAAAAGGAAGUGGCGCGAAAGGAGGAAGAGAUCAGGAAGCGCGAGGAGGAGUACCGCAAGAAGGAAGAGGAGCUCAAGAAGCGCGAGGAAGAGGCAGCCAGGAAGGAGGCUGAGAUCAAGAGAAAGGAAGAAGAGGCCCGCAAGAAGGAGGAGGAGGUCAAGAGGAUCGAAGAGGAUGCCAAGAAGAGGGAGCAGGAGGCCCUCAAGGUCAAAGAGGAAGCCGAGGCAAAGAAGAAGGCUGAAGAGGAAGCGGCUGCGAAGCGAGAAGCCGAGGCAAAGAAGAAGAGAGAGGAGGAGGAGGAGGUCGCUGCAAAGAAGAAGGAAGUGGAGGCAGCUGCCGCCAAGAAGAAGCAGGAAGAGGAGGCAGCUGCCGCCAAGAAGAAGGAGGAGGAGAAAGCCGCCGCCGCCAAGAAGAAGGAAGAGAAGAAGAAGAGCAAGAAGGGCGAGGAGGAGGCCGCCGCCGUCGUCGCCCCUGCCGCAGCUCUUGCGACGGGCGCAGCCCUUGCACACAGCGAGAGCGGAUCAAAGAAAGGCAAGAAGCCCAAGGACAACGGCAAGUUCGUCGAGCAAAUCGACGACGACAAAGACAAGAAGAAGACGCAGAAGGAGGCCAAGUCGGACCACAAGCCUGGCUUCCUCGGACGCCUCUUUGGAGCGAGCGACUCCAAGAAGGACGCCGCGCCGGUCUCCUCCAAGGCUGCCUCGAAACCCGCCCCUGCUAUCCCGCCCAAGGAGGAGGCAAUGGCAGCACCGGCUGCCGACAACAAAAAGGCACAGGAAAAGGAGACCAAGCGAAGCUCGGCGGCUGCCCUCUUUGCCACGGGUCUCGGCGUGAGCAAGGAGGACAAGAGCAAGAAGUCGCCUCGAGCUUCGCAGGCUCCCUCGUCGGUCUCUACCUCCGAAGCCGCCCCUCCGAUCAAGGACGACGCAAACGGGUCCGCCCUCGACGCGGCCAUUCCUCCUCACAUCCUCGCUGCCAUCCAGCGGGGCGACGAAAAGGAGGAGACCAACGGUGAAGCUGCAGCAGCGACGGGCCCCGCCGCGUCCAAGCCCAAGUCGUCGUGGCCCACGCCCUUGGCAGCUUCGUCGUCGGCCAAUGGCUCGACGACUUCGAAGCAGUCGCCCACGAUCAAGACGCCCUCGUCGCCCGCGGGUGCCGCCGCUGCCGGAAAGCGGUCGAUUGACCACGGCUCCGUCUACUCCGAGGCACGCUCCUCGACCAACUCGAAGCGCAAGCUCGUCAGGCAUGUCAACCCGCCCAGGGGCCCGGGCAAGUCUGCCGGCGCGGUCCAGUGGCGAAGCUGAUCGUCGACAUAAUAUCAACACUACCACUAUACAUGCUCUCCGUUGAGCUCAAUCUAUCACAACACACACUCGUUUGGUCUCCAUUAUUCCCCCCACUCUCCCUUUCGUCUCGCACGGACAAACCACACUCGUUUUCCCUUUUUGCUUCGUAUCGCUAAAGAAGAUACCCCAGAUGGCUUUGUUGCUAUUUCGCUUCUCUCUCUACCUUACUACUACUACUUUACACACUCUCAUUACUCUUGCUUUUCCUUGCUCGAAUGAUAUCCCGUGCUUUUGGAC